AUUGACGAAUGCGGCACUUCUUCCACGUAGCAUUAGGUUGGAGAGAAAUAGAGAUUGGAGUCUGUGCCAAAAGCGUUGUGAACUCGUAACACUGGGGUAACCGUGACAAUCGUCUUUCAGAGUGUGGGGUGAAGUGACUGAAUUCAAUCGUCCACUAAAUUUUCGAAGCAUCCAUUCGAAAUUUAGUCUGGAGUAGACUAUUUUAUUUAAAUUAUUCCAGUUAAAAUGAGGAGUUUGGUGUUUCUCGUGCUCAUUGCACUCCCGGCGUUUAUUUCCAUCAUCAAUUGUGGAGGAAAUGUAGCAUAUGCCCAGGAAGAUGAGACUGUCGACGAUAUGGUAGAUGUCGAGGAGGAGAGCAAUGUACUUACCGAGGAUGAAUUGGAAGAAGAAACACAGACUGCUUCUGCUGAUGCUGAUACAACUAUUCUAUUCACAAAACCUGUUGUUAGUCCUCUGUCGACUUUAGAACUUCCUGGUGGGCAUUUGGUGGAAUUCCUCGUCGGCUUCACGAACAAAGGGAAGACAGAUUUUGUCUUGGAGACUCUGGAGACAUCCCUCCGCUAUCCCAUGGACUUCAAAUUCUACAUCCAGAAUUUUACUCAUCUCUCUGUCAACAAAGUGGUCAAGCCCAACCACGAGGCAACACUUCAAUACUCAUUCAUUCCAUCUGAAACAUUUGCUGGACGACCCUUCGGGCUCAAUGUCAAUCUAAAUUACAGAGAUGCUAGUGGAGCUGCAUUCAGUGAAGCUGUCUACAAUGAAACAGUCCAGAUCAUUGAGUUGGACGAGGGUUUGGAUGGUGAGACUGUCUUUCUAUAUAUUUUCCUCGCUGCCUGCGUUAUUUUGACACUGGUGGGUGGACAGCAGUUGCUCUCAUCUCUCGGUAGAAAAUCAAGAUCUUCGUCCUCGAGGAAACAGACUGUCGAGAUGGGCACAUCCAAUCCCAACAAUGUUGACUUUGACUGGCUACCAAAAGAAACUCUCAACAGACUCAACAAAUCCCCAAGAACGCCAAAACAGAGUCCAAGACAGAGGAAAGCGAAGAGAACAGCUGGUUCCGAUGAUUGAGUGUGUGUUCGUGUUUAAUUAUUUAAUCUAGGAAUAAAUUCAGGACAGAAAUCAUUGAAAAAAUGUGUUUGGGUGGAGUGAGUGGUGCACAUAUGAGAUCAAUCUAUUUACUUUUUUGUUAACAAAGUAAUUUAAGAACCUUAAGAAUUUGUAUUCAUCAAAACAAAUUAAAUUUUUUCCAUAAAA